AUGAACGGACCACGCCGGCUUCAUGUCUACAGUAAAGGAUGGGGUUCGAACUCUUACUACGUCCUCGAUUCCGAUGAACAGACGUGCCUGUACACCCUUCGAGAGAAGCGCAUGCAUUGGACCUCCGGACCGGACAUCGAGGUCGUCCGCACCAGCUACCGUCCGGAGCUGAAAGACCGUCCGGUCGAGUUCGUGGUCGGCGCAGUUCACCGGCACACGCUCUCGACGACUUUAGACGUGUACAUUCGAAAUCAACAUGUCACGCUGUCGUCCGACGGCAUCUUGUCCGGCGGAGCUAUGUCCUAUGUGUCUCCGCGCCCCGGAGUCGGCAGACUCACCUGGGACAGAGAGGGCAUGUUUACAAGUUCCAUGCGGUUGAUCCAACAGCACGGCGGGGGACGUGCCACGAUCGCUCGGCUGGAAACCGUUCGCUGGUCCAUGUCGAAGAUCGGUCGGCUCGAAGUCUGGGAUCAGCAGGCAGGUGAUGAUGUCCUGGACGAAAUCGUCGUUACCGGUCUUGCAAUUCUGUUAGUGAACCGCCGGAAAAGAAGCUCGACUGCUGGUGUGGGAGGAGCAGGAGCAGCGGCAGGGGCAGUUCAAAGGUCGUUAUCUGCUAUAUGUGAUAUCACAGCAAUCUUACCACUAGCUGUUGUUCUGAGCAGUCCUGACAGUGACUGA